UCACCGUUGCAAGUGGAGGUCGAGCCCAUUUCACAGUUUACUUGGGAAAGAUGGCAUCUUAUUUUGUAAAGCUUUGCUUAUGCAUCGUUUUAAUUAUCCAGCUUGUGUAUGCUGAAGAAGCCAAGCCUAGUGAAAACAAGCUUAGCGUAUUUCAGCAACGUGGAGGCAAUUAUAUCAAACGCGGAGAGAUCGUCGAUAUUCCUCAUGCACCCAAAUACGUGGCCACGUUGGCGGAUGCCGUCGAACCCGUCGAGAAUCCCGACGAUUUGUACAAAGUCAAGAUUCGCGACGAACGCACUCAAAAGAUCAUGAUGACCUCCAUCAAAUUUUGUCAACUUAUAGGCAGUAACUGGGAAGACGAGUUCCAAUUACACUUGGAUGCUAAUAAUGAAGUAUACCACGUGGAUUACUUUGCUGGAGACGUCUGCGAGAAAACCAACAAAACCCCCUCGAAACCAUUUUCUACCAAGGUGACGGUGGCCGGCGUCGCCAAGGCACCCACCCCUGAGCUGAAUCAGGCUACGACAAAGAAGCAAUCCACCACAUCGACGCGACGACCUGCUAAAAAUCUCCAAGAAGGCAUCGAAGAAGUGGAAGCGGAAAAAACGUUCUUCCAGAAAUACUGGUAUAUCCUUAUUGGUGUGGCUUUUGUAUUGCUGUCGUCCGGAGGCCCACCGGCCAGCGAUCAAGCACCCGCAAGACGAUAAGAGAUUUGCGGAACUCUAUCUAUCUAAUCUCAGACGAGUUUAAAUCAGUGUUGCAUGCUUGUUUUUUUCUGUUUUACCCCUUUCU